AUAUAUCCCGAUUAUAAAAUUAUUUUACAUUCGAAUUUUUCUUCUCUCGAACAUUAUUCUAUAUUUUGACGUUUUCUUCGUUACGAAGUUCAGCAAAUACCAAUCGCUUGAUACGACGAUGGCAGCGCCAAAGCUUCGUAACAAGAACUCUACGAAAAUACGAAGAGAGAAAGAGAGAGAGAGAAAGAAAGAAAGAAAGAGAAAGAAGAGAGAGAGAGAAGGAGGGAGGAGAACGAAUGUGUGGGAGGAGGAUGAGGAAAAAGCGAUGAAGCAGCAGGUCGGUUGGAGAGGAGGACAGACAGGCCGGGGCCGUACGGAAACGGAGCGAGAAACAGAAUAAUUACCGAGACUUUGCUGGUUAACUAAUUAAGGGUAGCCAAUUAAAAAGUUCUCUCUCGCCCGCAGCCUCGCAAACAUUGACGUAGAGGCGGGAGACAUGGUAAAAUCGCUUUGAUGGUUUUACCCCCGGAAACUGGGUGGGUGCCAGGUGAAAAAUUUAAGUUUAUUCUUUCCACUGGGCCAUUAUUGCCAGGGUAUCGUGGGGUCAUUUACGAGCAUUCAAGGCCGCGAAACAAAGACUAUUACAAUCGGAAGAAUGUCGUCGAGCUUGUUCAAACGAUAAGUCAAAAAGAAGGGGAGAUAGAAAGUGAGAUAGAAAGAGAGAGACAGUGCGAGAAACGGAAAGAAAGAAAUGAGAUAAAAGUGGUGGAAAAGCUGUAUGCUGUAUCGAUGAUUCAAAUGUGUGAACAAGCAUGCAAGGGUCGACUAAUGGGUUAAACCAACAAGUGAGCAUUAUUACACGUGUCCCCUACGUGCAUCAUACCGGCUCUGGUGUUAAUAAAAUAUUCUCUUUGAGUUUAAUCGUUCACGUGUAUCUGCGUAUUAUGCGUCGAGCAAACAGAGAAUAUCGCCCGUUUAUUCAUUAUAUUCUGGGAAUUAAGCAUAGGAAGAAAGCUCGAUUAACCUGGCUUAAGCAAAUGGUCUUUUAACGUAUGUGAACUAAAUGAAAUAAACAGGAGUUUAUUAGUGAAAAUGUUCCGUCGUUUCAUUUUUAUUCGUAAUAUUAACAGGAGUUUAAUAAUACAUCGCAAUUUCGUUGAUAGAAAGAAGAAGAUAAGUUUUUUUCCUUCAUUUUGCGCGCCAUUUUGAAUGUUUGAUACAAUUAGAAAGUUAAUCAAACGGAACGUAUUCGAUUCAAAGAAACAUUUUUUAAAAAUAAAAAAUAGAAUGAAUAAAACUUGCACUUUUAACUCAUCCAAUCCAUAAAUCCAAUAUCACGAUUGGAAUAAUUAGGAUAAAAAUUCAGAGGGAGUUUUUUUUUAAUAAUGCAAGAUUCAUUUCGCGAGCAAGAAUGGAAAAUUGAAGUGGGUAAUUUAAGAUUGUUUGAAGAUUAUUAAUAGAUUCACUCGUUGUAUUAAUUAUUAGAUACGAAUUAUCUAUUGAUUGCUUUUUAAACUUUGUUAAAAUGAUUGAAAUGAUUUCUCGUUUAUUAUAUUAUACAACGAUUUUGUUAUUACGAGAGAUAGAGUGUAAUUUAAUGAAAAGAAAAUUCUUUCGAAAACGCUCUUCCCUCUAUCGAUUCUAACGAAUUUUUGUUUACGAUAAAUUCUGCAAGAGCAGCGUUUGCACAUCAUUAAAAUGUGCUGCACUGAACACACAUGGCCAAACAUCGGUAAUCGAAUCAUUCUGGCCACGGAUAUAUGCGUGUACAUAUAUAUAUAUAUAUAUAUUUACACACAGACCCCAUUCCACCAUAAAGUUGCCCAAUUCCAAAGAUUUUAUUCCAUGGCCAAAAACCACGAGGAUAAUAUUCAUCGAUAUUCAUAACGGGAAAUAAAAUAAUUCGACGUAGUAAUUUCCAUUAUCGCGUUACGUUUUACGUAUUUUCCGUUGUAUAUGUAUAACGUUUCGUUUUAAUGAAAAAUACAGUUGAGUCGGGAUGAAA